CCACAGUACAACUGACAGCGGCUUUGCAGCUCAGACGAGGAAACGAGAGGCAACGAGAGUAGCAGAAGGAAGAGAAGCCCGAUUUCUCCUAUGUCAAACGUCAGUUUACAGAGAAUAAAUUGGAUUAUAUGAAUUUUUCCAUCUGAAUUCGUUGGAAGAUUUUUGUUUAACGCACGGAUAUCGUAUUCAUUUUGAAUUGAUCAUCUGUACACACACACACACACACGCUCGACCGACUCACAAACAGCGUGCGUGGGUAACAUCUACCAUACGAUGGAUGGUAUUCUGUGUCACCGUUGAUCGGUGUGAUUAACUCGAAUCACCGGAGUUGAGUCACUGGAUUGUUUCACGGGGACGUUAUUUCUCGAAACGUAACGUUAGUAGGCUAAUCAACUAGUCAUCGUACUGAACGGGCUUUCCUGUCAUCAUUGUGAGACGUGAGACAUUGUGAGACUUUCGCCUAGUGUGGCAGACUUCAUAUUGGAAUAUUUUUUUAAACAAAAGUCUUAGUCUUCACAGUUAAUGUGAAGGUGGAACACUUCGACCUCUAUAUAAUAAUCAGAUGAUGAAGAUUCUGUCUCCCUGCGUCAAUGACGGCUAAAAUGGAAACUCCUUUCUACCACGACGAGUCCCUAGGUGUUCCUCACAACUUCGGACAACACCAUGCUGAUUACCAACGUUACCAGAGCCACAAGAUGAUGAGUAAGAAGGUGGCACAUAACUUCUCAGGCGGUUCCCACAGCAGCUCUGGCCUGAAACUGUCACAAAGCCAGCCGGGGAGUAACUGCAAUAUCAAUCCUAAUAAUCUGGGAGGGAUUAACAGCAACACAAACAGCUCGUUAAUGCCCGGCGGCUUGUCAGAUAUGAACCUUCUGAAGUUAGCCUCCCCUGACCUCGAGCACCUCAUCAUCCAGUCUAACCAGGGCCUAGUGACGACAUCUCCUGUCCCCAACCCUAACGGAGGCAACCCCUUCAUGUACCGGAACAACGCCACUAACGAACAGGAGGGUUUUGCCGAUGGGUUCGUCAAAGCCCUGGCGGAUCUUCAUAAACAGAACCAGCUGGUUGGAGCUCCCGUGUCCCCUUCCUCCUCUAUGCAAGGCCCCUACCAGAGGAACAUCAUGUCUGCAGGAGACCUGCCCAUCUAUACCAACCUCAGCAGCUACAACCCGAACCACCCCAGCCAUAUAUCAUCAUCCUACCCAGGGGGCCAGAUGCCCGGCGGCUACCCAUGCCACGGCCCCCACGGACCCGGAGGCCAGGGACCCCACCAUCCUCACAACAGGGGGUUGGACGCCCCUCAGACUGUCCCAGAGAUACGUCACCCUUCCGGGGACCCCACCUCCUCCCCUCCCUCGCUCUCUCCCAUCGACCUGGAGACCCAGGAGAGGAUCAAGGCCGAGAGGAAGAAACUACGUAACCGGAUCGCGGCGUCUAAGUGUCGUAAAAGGAAGCUGGAGCGGAUCUCCAGGCUAGAGGAGAAGGUGAAGGUUCUGAAGACCCAGAACUGUGACCUGACCUCCACCGCCUCGGUACUGAGGGAACAGGUGGCCCAGCUCAAACAGAAAGUCAUGAAUCACGUCACCAACGGCUGCCAAAUUGCAGUCAGCUCAGCAGCCCUGCAGUCCAAGAGCACCGGGGAGAGGGAGAGCACCAGCUGCUGACCAACGGACUGUACUGUACAGGGAUGAGGAGGGUGGUUUUCUGUUGCUCUGAGUCAGUCCUCUCUAAAGGAAUUAGUACCUCUACAAGGUAAAUGAUGGGUGUUGUGGGUAAAUAAAGUACUACGUGAGAUGUUGGGGAGAAGGGAGAAUCCCACCUCUCUAUGCUAACUGCUAACUACGUGAGAUGUUGAGGAGAAGGGAGACUCCCACCUCUCUAUGCUAACUACGUGAGUGGUUGGGGAGAAGGGAGAAUCCCACCUCUCUAUGCUAACUGCUAACUACGUGAGAUGUUGAGGAGAAGGGAGACUCCCACCUCUCUAUGCUAACUACGUGAGUGGUUGGGGAGAAGGGAGAAUCCCACCUCUCUAUGCUAAUUGCUAACUACGUGAGUGGUUGGGGAGAAGGGAGAAUCCCACCUCUCUAUGCUAACUGCUAACUACGUGAGAUGUUGGGGAGAAGGGAGAAUCCCACCUCUCUAUGCUAACUGCUAACUACGUGAGAUGUUGAGGAGAAGGGAGAAUCCCACCUCUCUAUGCUAACUGCUAACUACGUGAGUGGUUGGGGAGAAGGGAGAAUCCCACCUCUCUAUGCUAACUGCUAACUAUGUGAGUGGUUGGGGAGAAGGGAGAAUCCCACCUCUCUAUGCUAAUUGCUAACUACGUGAGUGGUUGGGGAGAAGGGAGAAUCCCACCUCUCUAACCUCUACAGACACUUUGAGUUGUCGUAGUAACACAACAAGAAAAGGACAUGGGACACCUCUACUUUCCUACUUUAGUUUUGUCCUCCCGCAGCCCCGACAGUGACCAAAGUAUAUCUGUGCUCAAUAGGAGCACAUUAAACCACACACACACACACACACACACACACACACACACACAUAGACUGAAGACUGUGCUCUACAACACUGACCCUUGUACAUAACCAGGCAACCAUUGGAGCGUGAGGAGCGGAGGACAUUGUGCCUCUAGUAUACAGUUCAGUAGGUUCCCGGGUGUUUUUGGUAAACAGGAAGUCUAAUAACAGAGAAGGUGUGAAACAUACAGGGUUUCCCUGUAGGGUAGACGUACAUGUCACCUCAGAACCGGAAUUCCUACAUUCUAAAAGGUCAUCUCUCUCUCUCUCUCUCUCUCUCUCUCUCUCUCCUCUCUCUCUCUCUCUCUCUCUCUCUCUCUCUCUCUCUCUCUCUCUCUCUCUCUCUCGUAUGAUUUCAGAACAAUUCCAAAAGGUGUUCUAUUGUAUUUCUUACUGUCAUUACCGUAGUAUUUUUGCCAGCUAAACAUUUGAGUCGAAUCAGAAGUAAAAGUUUUACUGAGUUUGACUUUUAAAAAACCAACCAGACUCUAUUUUGAAGUAAAGAGAAAAUAGGAGAUUCUUUCUUUUUUUUCCACUCAAAAACAAAAAAAAGCAAUUGGUCAGAGUAUCACCAUGUUGAUCAAAUCUAUUGGACGUGAUGUGUUGUAGAUGAUUUAUUUGUUUAAGAAUUACAGGAUUUAGCUGUAAAACUGCCACAUUUUAUUUCAGCCUCAUGGCAAGAUGUGUAGAAUAAGCAUGAGAUCAGCUCUAAAAUCGCAAAUGUUUCUAUAAUGGGGCUCCAGAGUGUUUCUAAUGGGGCUCCAGGGUGUUUCUUAUGGGGCUCCAGAGUGGUGCAGCAGUGUAAGGCACUGCAUCUCAGUGCUAGAGGUGUCACUACAGACACCGUGGUUUGAAUCCAGGCUGUAUCACAACGGGCUGUGAUUUUGAGUCCCAUAGGGCGGCACAGGAUUGGCCCAGCGUCGCCCGGUGUAGCCCGUCAAUGUAAAUAAGAAUUUGUUCUUAACUGACUUGCCUAGUUUAAAAUAAAGGUUAAACAAAUAUUUUCUCCAUGGCAAUAUGUGUAGAAUUGCAGGAAAUGUGCUUUAAAACAACAACAUUUUCUCUCAGCCUCUGUUUGGAGAGGGUUGGGUUGUAGCUAAACAGCCAUGGAGGACGGCUGUUUGGAGAGGGUUGGGUCCACUGAUUGACUAAUAUAUUGUUCAAUGUGGUAACAUAUUAUAUAUUAUAUACAUUGUGUAUCAGCGCUGUGUUAACCUGAACUACACUGUGUCAGAAAAAAAAAAAAUUAAGGGACAUUUUAGAUAAACUUGGCUGUGUUAUUAGACGGACAGACGGACAGAUGGACAGAUGGACAGAUGGACAGAUGGACAGAUGGACAGACGGACAGACGGACAGAUGGACAGAUGGACCGACGGACAGACGGACAGAUGGACAGAUGGACAGAUGGACCGACGGACAGAUGGACCGACGGACAGACGGACAGAUGGACAGAUGGACAGACGGACAGAUGGACCGACGGACAGACGGACAGAUGGACAGAUGGACAGAUGGACAGACACACGGUUGGACAGUAGAAAGGGAAGAGGCUUCUUGAGAAAGCAGCAAGCUAGACUGAAGUAACAAGACAAGGGCUUUUAAUCAAAACUGGAUGAUUAAAUUAAUUUCUUAUUUUACAAACAUUUCUGGAGGAAUUUAUUUAUGCAAAAUGUAUCUCUGAUAUUUAUGUUUUCUGUACACAGGACGGAUUUAGUGUCUCGUUUACAAUUUUUUUCGGAGGGGGGGAAUACAAUAUAUUGCACAUCAAUCAAAACAUGAAAUCUUGUCUGAUAUUUAUCUGCGGUCUCAUCAUGGUCUCUACACAGCGUAGAAAUGUCUUUGGAAACUAUUGGAUACUUUUUGUUUUUUUCUCUCUUGUUUAAAUUUUUUUUUUUAUUCCUACAGUGCAAAUGUGAUUGUCGAUAUAGUAGGUAAAUCAUAUCAGAAGAGCUUUAAUUACUAUGUCAAAAACAAAACCUUACUGCGGUGACCGAAAUGGUCACCGCAGUUUCUUGAUGCAGACACAUUUUUUAAAUGUGUCGGCAUUUUAUUAUGAUGUAUUCGCUUCUACACAUAUACAUGUAAGGUUAAUGAUAAUUAUGUCUCUACUUUAUUUACAUCAAUCUAGAGAGAAAUAAAUAAAUAAAUAAAAAAUAAUAAUAAUAAUAAUAAUAAAGAAGAAUCUGUCAAAUAGUUUUUUUUUGAUCUUCAAGGAAAAUAUGUAUUUUUUAAACUUGAAUAAGGCUUUUUUUUUUUAAGUCACUAAUAAUUAUAUAUUUUUGUACAAAAUGUAAAUCAACGUUCCUAAAGUUCUAGAUUCAGUGAAAAUGAUGACGACCACCUUCUAACAGUUUAGUGUGCUUCUUCUCUCUCCAUACUGUACAUUAUUUAUUGAGACAGAUUUUGAUGGUGGUGGUGUAGGUGUGUGGGGGGGGGGGGGGGGGGUAGUAUUAUUUUGUAUGUACUGAAGUAGGUGUGUGUACUUAGGAACAUUACUCUUUGUUGUGUAAAGUCGUUUGUGUCAAUUUCAGUGAAAUAGUAUUCGUCUGUUUUUACGGUGACAUAUUUAUUUUCCAGUGUAAUACAAGAUUAAAAAGGUUGUUGAUGGGACCACAGAGGGUCUGUCUAAAUUCGA